AUUCGUCUUUUUCCGGAAAGAGGAGCCGCAGGGUGACAGCGAGGGUCCUCUUUUUCCACAACAUAUGUGCUUUUGUUUCUGUAUUUUAUUUGAUAAUCCUGUUCACUUGAAGGAUUUAGAAAUAUGGCUUCCUUUUUGUCGCUCAUCUCUGCUUUCAUGUUAUCGGUUGUAAUAUUUUCUGGCGCGGUAGUCGCACGGGGUGAUGUGCUAGAGCUAGGGGACGCGGAUUUCGAUUACCUGGCAGCGGAGCACGAGACGAUGUUAGUGAAAUUCUACGCUCCGUGGUGUGGACAUUGUAAGAAACUAGCCCCAGAUUUUGAGACCGCAGCUAGUCGACUGAAAGGGACAGUACCACUUGCUAAGGUGGAUUGCACAGCGAGCCCAGACACAUGCGGGCGUUUCGGAGUAACAGGGUACCCCACGCUCAAGAUAUUCAGAAACGGAGAAGACUCCUCGUCCUAUGACGGACCACGCUCAGCAGAUGGGAUUGUCCACUACAUGAAGAAGCAAGCUGGGCCCAACUCGGUUACCCUGCGUAGCGAGGCAGAUGUCGAGGCCUUUGUCAACCACUUUGAUGCCAGUGUAGUGGGUUUCUUCUCUGGGCCUGACAGUGCUCAGCUGGCAGAGUUUCUGAAGGCGGCCGGCGUCAUGAGGGACCACUUCCGCUUCGCCCACACCAUCAACAUGACCCUGGGCCUCAAACACGGGGUGGACACUGAGAGUGUUCUGCUGUUCAGGCCUCCAAGGCUGAGCGGUAAGUUUGAGGAGAGCGUGCUGCGCUUUACAGAGACCAUCACCACCCACACACUGCGACGCUUCAUCAGAGACAACAUUUUCGGAAUGUGUCCCCAUCUGACCAAUGAGAACAGAGAUAAGCUGAAGGGGCAGGACUUGUUGACUGCGUACUAUGAUUUGGACUACCUUCGGAACCCCAAAGGCUCCAACUAUUGGAGGAACAGAGUGAUGAAGGUGGGUUAUCAGUUUGCGUCCCAGGGCCUGAGUUUUGCCGUGGCCAAUCGCAGGGACUUUGUGGAUGAGCUAGAGGAGGAGUUUGGUCUGGGUGCGUCGAACGGAGGAGAUCUGCCCUUCGUAACCAUCAGAACACAACAGGGCUUCAAGUACACCAUGAGGGAGGAGUUCACGAGAGAUGGGAAGUCCCUGGAAAGAUUCCUGGAGGAUUACUUUGCUGGACGACUAAAACGUUACAUCAAGUCGGAGCCCAUCCCUGAGAAAAACAAGGGUCCCGUCAAGGUAGUGGUAGCAGAGUCAUUUGAGGAGAUUGUGAAUGAUCCUGAGAAGGACGUGCUGAUUGAAUUCUAUGCCCCCUGGUGUGGUCACUGUAAGAGCCUGGAGCCCAAGUACAAGGAGUUGGCAGAACAGCUCUACUCUGACCCUAAUAUUGUCAUUGCCAAGAUGGAUGCUACAGCCAAUGAUGUUCCACAAGGCUUUGAUGUGCAAGGGUUUCCCACCAUCUACUUUGCUCGGGCAGACAAGAAGGACCAACCCAAACGAUAUGAGGGAGCCCGUGAAGUGAAGGACUUCAUCAAGUACUUGAAGAGAGAAGCCUCGCACAUCCCCGUUGUCAGCGGCGUGAGAGAAGACUUGUGAACAGAAGUUAGGUGAUGGCAGGGUGUAUGAUGGGAAAUGUAGCUUGAGACCCCUGGAAUUGCGAUUGUGGAUACGCUGUUCCUGAAGAGUCACAACUUCUGCUGAGAUUCUUUAUUUCUGAUGAAAUAACACUCCAGAAACUCUAACCAUACAGUUUUUUCCCCUUGAAACAACAGAUUUGAAUGAAAUCCAAGUUACAUGUUUGACUCUCCAGGAACAGAGCUUCUUGUAAUUGAUCAGGAGGAGGAAUAGCAUUUCUACAGAAGAAGAGAAACAAUGAGUGAGGACUGAAGGCUUCUAAUGUCAAGUGACCUGGAAGAGAGAUGAGGCUGAUUUUCUUGUCAUAACACUGAACCAAACCUUCCCAAUCUCCAUUCGUAUAAAGGCUAAAUCAAAAUGUACAUCAACGGCAUGAACUCACCAAGGAUCAGUGUGUUGUAGGUUUGUCAUGCAUCAAAUACUGUGAGAUUAAUAUAUGCUGUAUAAUGAUACUGUAAUAACAUCUAUUUCUAUAUAGAUCUUGACUUAUCGUCUCUCCUCUAUCUCAGAACCAUCCGUCUUCCUUACCAUUAUAAGCCGUACCAUCCAUUCCACCAAUGAUGCUUGCUUGUGUAAAAUACUCUGAAAUGGCUCCAUAUUUCCUAGUUCUAAAAAAAAAAGUUCAGACGGGUAAAAAUACCCGCUGGUCUUUUUAUAUGUGCGCUUGAGCUACUGAGUUGGUGUCAUUCCAGACAGCACCAACAACCAACCAACCACUUCACUCCUGAUCUAUCUGCCUCCUGACUGCAUACAAAACCCAAAACAUCCCAACCCAUUCUCCUUUCUUUUUUUUUGUCCAUGCCAAUAUCAAAUGAACCAUAUUGGAAAUACUGUAAAGGCAAUAUUCAGAUUGGCAAAAAUUACAAGUAGCCACCAUGGUGUUCUUGAAAACAAAUGUUUGCACCCUAUGUUUUUGAAUAUUCAGGUUUAUAUUUAUGUUUCUAUCAUUAUAUACCAUUUUGCCAGGGAUUUUUAGAGCAACUAACUUCUGAAAGGCCUAUACGAUGUUUGGAUGUGGCUAUGAAGGACAGGUGUGUGUGUGUGUGUGUGUGUGUGUGUGUGUAGUCAUAUUUAUUGAAUAGAGUAUACAGGAAGCAACAUACUUUGUACAUAAUGUGUGAAAACAAAGGAUAUUUGCUAUCUUAAUUGUCUCUUUUUGGACAGAGCCUUAUAAUUUAUUGAUGUACAUGUUGCUAGAGUUUUGCACUCAGAGGACCCAUUAUCCUUACAGUAUAUUUAUUUUUGAUCUGCUAAGAAAUUGAGAUAUGUCUUUGGCGUUUUCUCACUUAAACGAUUCUGGUACCAUUUUUUAAAAAUCGGUCUUUGUUGUUUCUUUGACUUUCUUCUGGAAAACAGUCAGACAAUAGUCUACUGUCGUACAACGUAGUAACACGUUACCAUACUUACAUCAGUGAAUACAUAUUUUGUUUUCUGGACACAGUGCAGCGUUCCCCAACUGGCGAGCCCCCCCAAAAAAAUAUAUAUAUAUAUAUAUUUAAACAAACAUGUUUUUUUGUGUUGGACAUACUCAUUGUCGGACAUACUCUGAACAAAAAUAUAAACUCGACAUGUAAA